UGGGAAUCCUGAUAGGGUAGCAUUGUUUCUCAGUCAAGUCAUUAGCCAUUUCAACCUCUACAGUCAGUUCUACCCCUCGCAAUGGCCGAUGGUGGUAUCUGCAUUGUGGGGAGAGGCAGCAGAUUGGGUAGCUGAUCUCCACAGCGUGCAUGCUUGGGAACUAACAAAUGUGGGCAUGUUUCUGGAAGGUCUUAGGGCCUGCUUUGAGGAUGAAACUAGGGCUCAAAUCACUGAGGGAGAAAUAGUAGUGAUUAAACAACGUGGCCAGUCCACUAAGGACUAUGUCAGAGAAUUUAGGAAAAUCACCAGGAGACUGAGAGCCUGGCCUGAAUGCUAAUUGAUUCACCAAUUCCAUAUGGGGCUGGAUAGGGACUUGAGGCAGGCAUGUGUCUAUCAAGGAUUACCCCCAUGCCUCGCCAAGUGGUUCAAGGCUGCCAUAGAUCUGGACAGGGGUCUGCAGGAAUUUAGAAGCCAGGGUGAAGCCAGAAUGAUGUAUCCACGAAGGACAGUGGACAGAAUACCACCAAAAAGAGAGACACCAUCAACAGUGCCUAAACCGAGGGGAGAGGAUUCAGCUCGCCGGCCAGGGUUUAGGUGUUUCUGCUGUAAUCAGGAAGGCCAUUGUAUGGCUGACUGCCCUCUACCACCACCGAGGUCGCCGGGACUACAAUCCCCUGUCACCAGGGAUACUACUAGGGUCCGGAACCGACCAGCAUCUGAAUGGAUACGCCUCACAAUGCAGACCCUACCCAUGAAGAACAUGACGCUGGGGAAGGAUGUUGGCGGUGUAUCUGAGGAGAGGGUUGGACAGUUACCUUUGGUUGCUGAGAGAGUGAUGAGGAAGCAUCGAACGAUCCAAUGGUGGACUCCUGGUAGAGGGCCCACCUGUCGAGCCCAGCCAUGGCUUGCCACAAGAACGUUCACACACACAACACUCCUGCAACGAUUCCAGGAGGGGAUGGGCACUGGAUGGCUAGGUUUCGGUGGUGGUGGUGGUGCUGGUGGUGGUACACUAAUGGAUUACUGGUGGUGGUGGAACAGGUGCGAGAUGAGGGGAUAUGUGGCCGACGAAUCAACAUCAUUGUAGCUUCGGGAGCAUCAUGAUCCCAUAUCCUGGUUAGAGUGAGCAGGAAGUGGCUGCUGAAAACUCUGAACAGCUGAGAUGUGCUGUGGGGCGUGGGCGACACACCUUGUUUAAAUUGCGCUGAGCUAUGGUUGCUCUCAGCACUGACUUUGCAUGGAUCGUACUCAUCUUUUCCUGAUUCCCGUGUAUAGCGAAUUAAACCAAACACUGAUCAUCCA